AUGCGAGGUGUGGCCAAUGUGCGCGCCCUCACAAGUGGCACCAACCACCCUGUUUACCGCCCUGCAUAUGAGGCACAUUUAGAUGCGGCGUGGCCUGACCAUACACACUCAUAUCCGACCCUCCAGGGUUUGGAAGACAAUGGUUUCGCCCGUCCUGUCAGCAGAGGUGUGUCUGAUCAGAUACACAGACACAUUCAUACAUGCACCAACAUCAACAAACAUACAUACCCCCAAACUGCCACAUAUACACCUUUAAAAUCUCUUUGUCUGUCAGUCUUCGCAAAGUCAAUUGGACUUUGGAUCGAAUCGCAAUCGUUCUGUGUCUCUCACUCACCCACUCGACAUUGUUUUGAUUUUUUUGCUCGUUUGCCAAUGUCUCGCGAGAGGCCAUACGCGUCUCUUGGUGCACCCGUGUUUUUAUCACUUUUAUCU